UGUGGCAAGGCAGGCAGCCCCAAAGCAGGGCAAGGAGGUCACGCGUACCUGCAAGAAUGGCUUUGGUGGGCAGGGCUGCUCUGCAUGGGAGUCGGAGAAGCAGCAAAUUUUGCUGCCUAUGCCUUUGCCCCUGCAACGCUGGUAACUCCACUGGGUGCUCUAAGUGUCCUCGUUAGUGCAGUUCUGUCUUCCACCUUCCUGAAUGAGCAUCUGAAUGUUCACGGGAAGAUCGGCUGCCUCCUGAGUAUCCUGGGCUCCACGGUGAUGGUGAUCCAUGCUCCCCAGGAAGAAGAGGUUUCCAGUUUGGAGUCAAUGGCAGAGAAGCUGAAAGAUCCAGGAUUCAUUGUAUUCGCCGCGUGUGUCCUGGUGAGCUCCCUUCUGCUUAUCUUCGUGGCUGGACCCCGUUAUGGACAGAGCAACGUCCUGGUUUAUGUUUUGGUCUGCUCUGCCAUCGGCUCGCUCUCUGUGUCCUGUGUCAAAGGCGUGGGGCUCGCCCUCAAAGAACUGUUUUCUGGGAAGCCAGUCCUGAAAGAACCGCUGGGCUGGGUGCUCCUGGUGUGCCUGGUCAUGUGCAUCAGCGUCCAGAUCAACUACCUGAACAAAGCCUUGGACAUCUUCAACACCUCCGUGGUCACACCCGUUUACUACGUGCUCUUCACCACGGCGGUCAUGACGUGCUCCGCCAUCCUCUUCAAGGAAUGGCAGCACAUGGUGCUGCACAACGUUGUCGGCACCAUCAGCGGCUUCCUCACCAUUGUGUCCGGCAUCUUCCUCCUCCACACCUUCAGGGACGUGCCCUUCGCCCCUGACCUCCUGCCCCUCUUCCUGCAGCAGCAAGGCAGGGCAGACCCGCACGCCUCGUGGAGGAGCACAGACAAGCAUCGGUCGUGUCAGCACCAGCCUCUCCUGCCCUCGGAAGCCAAAGGCUCUCAGAACGCAGAGGAGGAAGAGGAGGAGGAAGGGGAAAGCAUGUGA